CAGAUCGUAAGGUGCGGAGAAUGAGAUUCCUGAAAUAGUAUCUCUUACCCUUCUCUCUUCUCUAUAGCAAGGGGUAUUAGCUCAGAAAUGUCUGGGCAGCUUAGUCUAUAUCAUUAAUCAGCUACGAAGUGAGAAUACACUACUAUAGCGAGGUAGUAUCGCAACCUAAGAGAGAAGCUAGACAGGCCUUGUAAGGCUUGAAUGAUCUAGCUAGCAUUUUAGUGCUGACGGACUGCCUCAUGCCUGCAAGACCUGCAACGAAGCGAUCAGCCGCACUCGAAAUGAAAUCCGCUCGCGUCAUCCAAUUCGUUCUUCAUGGACUUUUUUAACCUACCUAGUCUGGACGGGUCUAAGCGUUGGGGGCCGUUCCGUUACUUAGGCAGCUUUGGGACGAUAUUGGGAUCAUCCUUCACAAUGUAAUAUAAUCUAGGCUGCCCCAUCGCGGGGCGGCUCUGACUUGAGCUUCGUUGAAGCGUCUCUGGUCAAACAGUUGCGCCAAAAUGUCUCUACAGCGCACUGCGACGACGCGGAAGCCUGGUCAAGGGCCCGCGAAACGGAGGAAAGACUACGAUGUUGUUCAGCAAGGAGUCAAGGAGCUUUAUCCGCUCGACAAGGCGAAUUUCGAGCCGGAAAUUGACAUUGUCUUUGUGCCAGGUUUGGGCGCGAACCCGGAGGAAAGUUGGAAAUCCGAGAGCACCGGCUUCAACUGGACUACAGAUGGAUUAGUGAGAGAUUUCCCGCGGGCGCGUAUCUUACUAUACAUGUACGAAUCUGCGUGGACAGGCUCUCUUAAAGUGAAGCAGUUUAUGGGUGCUAUCGCGAUGACGCUAUUGAAUGGACUAAGAAGUAAAAGAGAGGGUGUAGAACGACGUCCCAUCGUUUUUAUCGGCCAUAGUAUGGGUGGCCUGGUAAUUGCGAAAGCAAUCACAAUCGCAGAUUCCCGCCGGGACAAGUUCCGAGUUAUGUUUGAAGCUAUCGCGGCAGCUAUCUUUUUCGGCACGCCUUUCAACGGAGCGCCUGUUGCUUCAGCAGCUGCCAUGUAUGCGUACUUCGCCGAGAAGGCGGGUACUGCUACAUCUUCAAAACUAUUAGACUUAAUGAAGCCUGGCGACGAGGGACUUCGUGAGUUGAAGCACGAAUUUAUGCGACUUGUUGGGAAGUUGAACCCUAAGAUUGAGUUAAUGUGCUUCUACGAGGAGCAGGAUACCGACUUUUCCAAAAUGGCCGGUUUACCUAGUCUCUUCGGCUUGAGCAAAUCAUUAAUCCCAAAAUCAUACGCCGAGUUUGUCAGCCGUGACUCUGCGACACUCCCAGGUGUUGAGGAGCAAGGAUUAGCACGCAACCACCGCGGUCUCGUUAAGUUCCACGGCCCAAAAGAUGAUGCAUGGAAUCAAUUCGUCAAAGAUCCGAUAAAGAGAAUCAUUCACGGUGCUCAACUCGCAGUCAAGAACCGUCUCAACUCCGUCCGUGACAUUGAUCGGGCAAUGAUCAACGGCAUUAUGGAGUCUUUAGACAGCGUGCAGGUUUAUAAAAAGCGCAAGGCUCUAGCGCAAACAUUUGCACUAUCAUCCUGGAUUACGAAGGAAGCAGAGUACAAAGAAUGGUUAUAUGACCCCGAAGGAGGUGAUGAGUCUCCCACAAUUCGUUCUGCCGAUUGUUUAUGGAUCAGAGGUCCUGAGGGAAGAGGUAAAACUAGUGCAUCCUUGGCCGCUAUCGACGAGAUCGACAGAAUCAAGGAAAAAGAUACUGGUAGAGGACCAAUCCUACUUGCAUAUUUCUUUUGCGACCCGACGACAGAUUAUUCGACGGCCGAAGAUGUCCUCAGAAGUCUUGUCACGCAGUUGAUUGACCAACAAGAGGCUCUUGCUUCCUAUGCUAAGCUUUUUGCCAAGAAAAAAGGCGAGGGUAAUAAGGCGCAAGCUCAGGUUACUGUUGAGAAUCUGUGGCAGACCAUUCAGGACAUGCUUACAGACGAAUACAUCGGCAGUAAGGUUAUCUUCGUUUUAAACAACUUACAUGUCCUUCCCGAAGAUUCAGAUUCUACCAUCAAGUUGAUGAGGUAUUUGAAUGCCGAACUCCAAAACAUAAACACCAACAACGUCGACACGAAACGAGUGCCAACAAGGUGGAUGAUCACAAGCCGAGAAGCCCACAAUAUCGGAGAGGCGCUCAAGAUAGACGGUGUUCGUCUCGUCGACCUCGAGGAUGAGAAGUAUGGAGACCAAGUCCAAAUGGCGCUACGAAAACGUGCCAAGGAACAAGUCACAUCGCUUGAAAAGGAAAAGAAAUACAACAAGGCACUGUCGUAUUUCGCAAGCAGUCUUAUCGGAAAACGCGCGCAAAAUACGCAAUGGAUCGAUAUUACAUGCGUCCAACUUCAGGAGCUUCCGCAAUCAGAGAGCGAUCUUAAAGUGCGUCGCGUACUUGAGAAGAUGCCCCAAGAUCUAACGACACUUUUGAACAAUGCAUGGAUCCAAAUAUUCAAAGCCAAUGAAGCAGAUGUCGAGAAAAUCAAGGAAAUGUUGCGCGCUCUCGUCCUUACCUACGAAGAUCCCACCGAGGCGGAAUUGGGCAUCCUUGCUGGUCUCUGCUCCACCGAAGAGGAAAAAGCCGAUCUGCGGAGGUUCGUGGAAAUGUGCAAGCCACUUCUGGUUAUUAGGAAACCAAGCAAUACGAUCAGUUUCAUGAAUGUUGUGGUCAAGAACCAUCUCCUUGAGAACGCCAAACAACUUCUCGGCAUUUCAAACGAGGAGAAGAAAUGGCAACAUGGUGUUCUCGCACUCAGAUCGUUUUCGCAUGUCAACGAGAGCUUCAACUUUCCUAAGGCCGAACCCGAGGAAGAGAAGAAGGAAGAUGACGAAGGGUCCGAGCACAGCGAAAACGAAGAUGAGGACGGUGAGGAUAACCAAACCACCGUGUCUGAUGAAGAUUCCGAGGAAGAAAGUGGGAGCGAAUGGGAUAGUGACGAUGAUGACGACAGCGAAGAACAAGACGAAGAUCCUGAAGCUGAGAUACUCCGCGACCGUGCUAUGCCGUACACAGUCAAGUACUGGCUUCGCCACGCCAGUAAGGCUACGCGGGAGAUUGCUGAAGACUUGAGUCUAGAGGAUGAAUUCUGGAAACCCGAUUCAAUUAUACGACAUCGCUGGCUCGUGGAAUAUUGUCGCAUGACUAAUACUUUCGAGGGGUUCGAGUACAAGACGUUAAACGGAUUACACAUUGCUGCCUCCGUCGGUUUUAGAGAACUCGUCGCGGCGCUGAUUCGAAACGGCUACGAGGAACAGAUCAAGAUACGUGAUUCCUUGAUAAAUACACCGUUGCAUUUCGCUGCCUACUUCGGACGCCCCAAGAUCGUUGAAGUGCUCCUCGAUAAAGGUGCUGUAAUUGACGAUGCCGAGGAAAUCCAAGAACAGACACCCCUACACAUGGCUGCUUUCGGAGGUCACGUCGAGGUUAUGAAAAAGCUACUCUUAAGAGGAGCGAACGCUAACGCCACGGCUAAUGAGAUUGGUCCCGUAGUGAAUGCCGCUAUCUCGUCAGGCAACCGAGCGUGUGUCGAAUUGCUUGUCGAACACGGCGUUGCGUUAACCUUAGACCGCGAUGAUAUCGAUGCGCCCUUAGCCCUAGCCGCGUUACUAUCCGACAUUUCUAUGUUCGAGUACCUGAUUGAAAAAUAUGCCGACAAGUUACCACCUGAGGAGUACAGCAAAGCUUUCGUCAAAUCUGCGGAGGCAGGGCGAAUUGAGGUCUUCAAUAAAUUACUCGAAUUUGAGCACAGCCAAGAAUACUUCCAGAAAGCGCUUAAAGCAGCAGCUGAGGAGGGUAAUUGGGAUAUCGGCGUGAUUCUUCUAGAGAAGCGUGCCGGGCUCAAUUGCGACGAUAUCUUCUACAAAGCCGCAACAGGCACCGAAAUUCAAGAUAAUCUUCUCGAGGUGAUCUGGAAAUACACGGAUGGAUCGAUUAGCAGGGAAACCCUCGACAAAUCCCUCUACGACGCUACCGAUCGCGAAAAGGAAUCCACUGUUAAGAUACUUCUAGAGAAAUUCGGAGCGAAUCCCAAUGCUACCGGAGAUGAGUACGGAAAUGCUCUCACAGCUGCUGCUUACGACGGCACGAUGGAAAUUAUCCAAAUACUUCUUGAGGCUGGUGCCGACGUAAACGCACCUGAGGGAUGGGCGAUCCAGACAGCUGCCAGCGAAGGUCAUUAUGACGUUGUUGAGGAAUUAUUGAAGCGUGGUGCUGAUGUGAACGCUUUCACUGAUAACGACAAUUUCAAGCCAGGCACUGCUCUCCAAGGUGCAUGUGAAGCGGGCAAGGCUGAUAUAGUCACGCUACUCCUCGAACACGGUGCGAACCCCAACCUCGGUGGAGGUCCCGACGCUCCUCCAAUUCUUGCGGCCGCGAUGCGCUCUGAAGCGGAUAUACUCGAACAAUUGGUCAAGGCAAAAGCAGAUCUAGAUGUAAAUGGUGGACGGGAAUCAUCAACUACGCCGCUCAUUAGUGCCUCCGCUUACCUGCCAACUCCAUCGCUGGAAUUACUCCUGAACGCUGGCGCCAAUAUCAAUCUCCCGGACCACGAUGGAGAUACACCUCUUAUUGUGGCUGCCGGAAGAGGCGAUUCAGAGGUCGUGACCUUCUUACUCGAUAAAGGAGCAGACAUCACGCACUCGAAUCAAAAUGGCCUAAAUGCCCUGCAAGCGGCGCUUGGGAGUGAUAACGACGAGAAUUCGGAAGUGAUCACCGUUCUAGUCAAUCGAGUCUCCGUGCUAUUGGAAUCGCUCAAGACUGCUAUGGACUCUGGUAACUAUGCAGUCACUAGUGUUGUUCGCGAGGCAUUCAGCAAGCAGCAAGCGCUUAGCUACGAUGACGAGCCAACAACCCCAAGAUUCGAAGAAAGAGCUGACACCCCAUCCCACCAUUCCGCAGAGGGACAGGAUAGCGAGGACCACGACGAGACCGAAAGUUCUCCUGAUGAUGACGAUAAAUCCGACUCCGAGUCCCAUACGACUGAAAACAGCAUCCACGGGGCUGAUACCGACGACCACGAACACUCUUCCUUAGGCCAUAUGUCCGAACAGCUGAAGUCGGCCUUAGCUAAUCAAGCAGCAAUGUGGAAUGGGAUUACGAGCAAAGUCACAUCGACAAUAUCCACCGAACCCGAACGCUCGUCCUAUCAAUCCAGCAGUUAUUCCGAUAUCCAAGCUUCUCAUCACACGGAAGUCGCGCAAUGGCCCCAGGAGGCAAUACAAAACCCAUCCCCUCCCGUAUCACAGCCUGUCGAGCUACCUACCCAAGGAUACAUCAAAAGGAAACCAGCUCCAAGUCCUUCCUAUAGUAACCAAGCUCGCUACAGCCAAACGCCAUCUCCAAAGCCAUCAGAAUCAUCCAACGGACGUUUCCAAGCGCCGCCAGCCCCCGAGCAGACAAUAGCAGCAUACCGACCAGACCAAAAUGCCGCGCCACAACAACCUCAAGGAUAUCAAAAUCCGCAAUACCAAGGUCUCCAAAGUCAGGCCACAUCCUCUCAAUCUUUCGAAGCCUACCAGAAAACACAUUCGUAUUCGCAAAGCCAGUCAUCACUAUCAACAACACAAUAUCAAAGCUCGUCUCAGUAUCAGAGUAGCAGUUCGUUAUAUGACGGCUCGAAUUAUAGUGGUACGACUCAAUACCAGCAGCCAGCAAACCAGCAACCUACUCAACAACAGCAACAGUCGUACACGCCAUAUAACCCAGACGCAUACAGUCAAUCCCAGAAGCAACAACAGCAGCAGCAGCCAAACACCGUGCAAGCGUAUCAGGGCCAAGCAUAUCAGCCGCAAGACUGGCAACAGCAUCAGGGGUAUUAUGGUAGCCCUUCCGGACAGCAACAUGCUGAUAACAUGUACGGAGGGUCCGAAUGGGAUCAGCCACGACCAGAGCUUAAGCCACAGAGGUCGUCUUUCUUUACUGGUGGGGUGAAGAAUACCUUCGACAAGGCGAAGAUUAUGGGGAAUGGCAUGUUCAACAGAAAAUAGGCCAUCAAUCAAUGAUUUAAAUAAGGAUAGCAAGCGCUUGGAGUUUUGGUAAUGGAAAAUAAUGUGUACAAUAUUCAUUUGGGGGGAGGGGGGAUUGAUAGGAAUUGGCAUGUAUGAAAUCCCCUCGAUAAAUCUUGAAUUUAGGAAAAUAAAUCAGAUGGUUAACAAUA